AUGCGCCGUAUGCGGCAAAUGCCCUACUUUACCAAUGCGACCGCUAUCAGCCGCCGAUACGUUAUCAGCGCAAUCGACAUGCCGCUUUUCUGUGGCAGGGAGCCGCGCUUUAAGUUGGGCACGAGCUCGCUCAGAAGUCUCCUACACACAAGUCUUGUUAUAAAUUCUCCCAUCAACCCGCAUGCCCUCCAACUUACAAACAUGGCUACUAUAAACGCCCACAAGCCCCGACGCACAAAUAACUACAGCCAAUCCGGCAGCACUACCUAUCCCGCCAACAACCAGCUGACUGACUAUGAAUCAGACGCCGCGUACUUCUCCGAUCUACAACAGCCACAACAGCAACAUCAACAGCUCAUGCAGCAACAAGACCCAGAACAUCAGUCGCCACCUCCUCCAACCCGAACCAACGAAGAGAUCAACCUCUCUGUCCUGCGCCGGCAUCACUCCGACAUCAUUGCCAUCCUCUCGCUUGCCCAGUAUGCCGUUGUAUACCUCUUCAAUCCCACGUCGCGUCAGUGGGAGAAAACCGGGGUAGAGGGUACCCUCUUCGUUUGCCAAAUGACACAGGGUAGUCUCGGGGAGGAUCGAUACACAGCGUUUGUCCUGAACAGACGUGGAUUGAAUAACUUUAAUCUACAGUUGACGGAUGCCGAGAACGUGGAAUUGACGGAGGAAUAUGUGAUUCUCAAAGCGGAUGAGAAUGCCGCAGGUGAGAUGACAGAGACGGGACGAGGAAGCGGUGGCAGCGCACCUGGGCUACGCAUCUACGGAAUCUGGAUCUACUCAGAGCCUCCGCCAAAUUCAACUGCGCAAGCACGUACAGUCAACGCAGAAAAGAUUCGUGAAUGCGCAGCUCACGCGGGACAAAGCUUGAAAACGGCGCAAGAGCGCCUGGAGGCGAUUCAGCAAAAUGGACUCCAUGCCGCAGCCCUGCUGGCGGAAAAUCAAGUUGCGCCGUUGGAGGAAGUUCAGGCGAGCGUGGCUAUGGGACGUCAAGUCUCGCUCAAGGAUUUGUUUGGGCAACAGCGUGCACAAGAUGAUGGGUGGAGUGUCAGGGCACAUCAUGAACCGCAGGCCCAGCCCCUGCCGCACCAGCAGCAGCAAUUUCAAUCGCAAGUAGCGCCGCAGCAGCGACAACAACAGUAUCAAGAGCCUGUUCCGCCACAGCAGCAUUCGUCUCAAUUUUAUCACAACGCACCAGGAUACUCGGUGGUGCCUCACCAACCACAGCAGACUUACCAAACUCCGCCUCCGCUACCAUCAGCAGGUCAACCAGGGGAUGUGCUCGGUGAUCUCUUCCGACGUGCGGGUUUUGCAUACCAGGCCCACGACGGGCAAGUGAAUUGA